UAUAAUGAUAAAAUGACAAGAGUGCCACUAGCUGCCCCCUGAAUUUAACACAUUGCUAUCACCACGAAGUAAAACACAUCAAUUAAACCCAACUCUGCUCGCUUAUAUAAUGCAAACACAACAAGUGAACCAUCAAACCCACCUUUAAUUUAAUUUCUCUGCCCCUCAAAAAUGAAGAACUUCAAUUUCACCCCCAAAAAAUUCAUCAUCUUUCUCCUUUACCCUCUUCUUCUCUCCAUCGCCACCACCCUUCCCCUUGCCCACUGCAGAGACCUCAACCUGAUACGGAGUACAUGCAAGCAAACCCCCAACUACGCCCUCUGCGUCUCCACUCUAUGCUCAAACCCCAAAAGCUCCGCCGCCGGCGACGUCGCAUCGCUCACCCUCAUCAUGGUGGACGCCGUUAAGGCCGCCGCGUCGGACGCCUUAAACCUCAUCAACCAGCUGACGAGGAAAGGGAGCAGAGACCCAGCCGUGCGGAAGAACCUGGCGGACUGCGCCGACGAGUACGAUGCCAUUCUGAAGGCAGACGUGCCGGUAGCGGUGGAGGCGCUGACGAAGGGAGAUUACAAGUUCGCGGAGGAAGGGGCGACGGACGCGGCGAACGAGGCGGAGUUCUGCGAGAAGGGGUUCGGACAGGGGAGGUCGCCGCUGACGAGGAAGAACAAACGGGUUCACGACCUCGGCGCCGUCACGGCUUCCAUGGUCAGGAUUUUGCUGUGAAGAGAGAGAGAGAGAGAGCUGAGGGAUGUUUGGUACUAAUUAGAAAUUAAUGGGCAUCUAAUUUUCCA